AUGCUGUCCUGGAGCUUCACCCUGAAGCAUCCACAAGUGCUUGAUGCUGACUACCUGGAACAGGGUCUGAGCAGUGUGCGCACUCUCAGCCCGGCGGAUAUCAAUGCUCCCUACUAUGACCAAAGUCAGUGGCUGAGUGAGAAAUUCACGCUGGGCCUGGACUUUGCCAGUCUGCCCUACCUAAUUGAUGGGACUCACAAGCUCACGCAGAGCAACGCCAUCCUGCGCUACCUGGCCCGCAAGCACGGCCUGUGUGAAGGAGAGGAUUCGGGUGGGCUUUUGGAGAACCAGGUUAUGGACAAUCACAUACAAAUCGGCAUGAUGUGCUACAGUCUCAACUUAGAGAAGCUGAAGCCCGAGUACCUGAAGGGGCUCCCUGAGAAGCUGCAGCUGUACUCGCAGUUCCUGGGGAAGCGGCCCUGGUUCGCAGGGGACAAGAUCACCUUCGCCGAUUUCCUUGUCUAUGACAUCCUUGACCAGAACCGGAUAUUUGAGCCCGCGUGCCUGGACGCAUUCCCAAACCUGAAGGAUUUCAUGUCCCGCUUCGAGGGCCUGCCGAAGAUCUCUGCCUACAUGAAGUCCAGCCGCUUCAUCAGAAGGCCUGCGUAUUUGAAGACAGCCAUGUGGAGGUGA